CGCAUAAAAGGGACGAAAACAACUAAGGUGCUUCAACCUUCCUCGGGUUCCUGCUAAAAUGUCGACGAUUCCCAACUUUGGUCGCGUGCUGGAGUGCCCGUUCAAUCGGGCACACCAGAUCCCGGAAGAGCGGAUGCAACGGCACCUGAUCAAAUGCAAAAAGCAGUACCCGAAGGUGAAAAUGCUGCAGUGCCCGCUCAAUUCGACGCACCUCAUGCCGACGGAGGAGUACAUGACGCAUAUUCAGCUGUGCAGGGACAGGUCCCUCGUGGAAACGUUCCGGAACGUGGUGAAGCCCGCAACAAACUCCGGGCAGUUGGUGCAAGGAGUAGUGCAGCCAACGAAACCGGACGCCCCGUCAUCCGCUCCGCUGUGCCCCGACGAGGAAAGCUGGGACGAUAUGGCAGCGCCAGCCUACAAUCCGACCAGGUACUGCAUCGAGAACAAAGUCAUCCGCAAAGCAUUCCAUCUGACGCCGUCCGAAAAGCGAGACUUUUACGAGCAGGAACGGAUCCGCCACGAAGAGCUGGACAAGUUCGCGUGCAAGAACUAGGCUUCGAGGUUAAGCUUUAUCUAUGUUUGCGCGUUGUCGAUGUCAGGCCAUUCCCUGCUAGUGUAUUUAUCACAAAUGUUACCAUUUUUUGACAUCGACGGCAAAACAUCAAACAAUAUCAAUAAAACAGUUUUUUAAAGUUCG